UAACAAAAAUUAUUGGAAAAUUGACAUUAGGAAACUCUCGUCAGAUUCCCUGAUGAAUUGUUCACGCUGUAACUGUAAGCGUGGUGGCCAAGCCCAGUUUAUAUCCCCUGCAUCCAUCAUCUCCACCUUAAAAUACGCCCAACAAAUCACAUACAUCUACGUGGCCAAACAAAAGUUAUUUACAACCCCACGACUCCUUCCAUCCCAAGUUUUGCUAGAGAUGGACUCAAAUUUUGUGUUUCUAUAAAUCUCCUUCCAAUACUCGUAAUCGUAGUAGAGAGAAAAAGCUCAAUUUUCAUCUCAGAAGAGAAGAAUGUAUCCUCUAUGGGAAAUGCGGUCGGUGGCGGGGAACGUGUUCUCGGCCUACGCGUCGGUGGCCACGUCGGUGAUGCUGCUCCGAUCGCUGGCAAACGACAUCGUUCCGGAGCCGGUGAAGUCCUUCUUCCACGCGGCCUUCAGUCGUUUCUUCAAACACCUGGUGGACAGAUUCUUCGCGAGGCAGCCGACGCAGAUGACGAUGGUGGUGGACGAGCAGACCGGCAUCACGCGCAACCAAAUCUACGACGCCGCCGAGGUCUACCUCCGCACCCGAAUCAACCCCGACGCCGAGCGCCUCAAGGUCAACAAGUCGCCCAAGCAGAAGAGCAUCACGCUCAGCAUGGUCAAGGACCAGGCCGUCGACGAUUGCUUCAAAGGCAUCGAUCUCAGAUGGCAGUUCGUGCUCGUCGAGGCCGACGGCCAGCACGGCGGUUUCCGCCCGGAGAGGCGGUGGUUCGAGCUCACCUUCGAGAAAUCGAAGAAGCAGAUCGUCGUCGACGAGUACCUGCCUUUCCUGCUCUCUAAAGCGCAGGAGAUCAGAGACGACGACAGGGCGGUGAAGCUCUUCACUAGGGAUUGCCCCUUCGACUGCGACGACGACGACGGCGGCAACGGCGGCGGCGGCUACUGGGGCUGCGUGAACCUCGAUCACCCGGCGACGUUCGAGAAGCUCGCCAUGGACCCCAAUUUAAAGCGCGCCGUGAUCGAGGAUUUGGACCGGUUUGUGAGGAGGAAAGAUUAUUACAAGAAAGUAGGCAAGGCUUGGAAACGAGGAUACCUUCUGUACGGACCGCCGGGAACCGGAAAAUCGAGCUUGGUGGCUGCUAUGGCUAACUAUUUGAAGUUCAACGUGUAUGAUUUGGAGCUGAGCAAUCUCUACUCCAAUUCGGAAUUGCGGCGAAUGCUGCUCUGCACCAAUAACAAGUCGAUCAUCGUGAUCGAGGACAUCGAUUGCAGCGUGCAGUUGCACGACAGGGAUAGGGAGAUGGAGUCCGACGCUGCUGACGAGCAGUCCAACACUAAGUUGACUCUAUCGGGACUAUUGAACUUCAUCGAUGGAUUGUGGUCGACUUGUGGAGACGAGAGGAUAGUGAUCUUCACAACCAAUCACAAGGAGAAGCUUGACCCGGCCCUGUUAAGGCCGGGUCGGAUGGAUAUGCAUAUUCACAUGGGGUACUGCACCCCGGAAGGGUUUGAGGUGUUGGCGCUGAAUUAUUUGGGGAUCCACCAUCACCCCACGAUGUUCCCGCUCAUCAAGGACAUGAUUCGACAGUUUGAGGUCACCCCGGCCGAGAUUGCGGAGCAUUUGAUGAGGCACGAGGAUGUCGACCUCGCUCUUCAGGGAGUGCUUGAUUUGCUCCACCAGAAGAAGCCACCCAAAAAUGAUGAAUUAUUCCUCCACACCGAUGCUAUUGCUAGGGAUAACAAAAUUGGUGGAGAUGCUGUUAAGGACAAGGGGAAAAAGGGGAAUUUCUGGAAAUCUGUCAUCAAAUUUCCCAGACAACUAGGCAACUAAGUCUUGUUGUCAAAAUUUCGGCUAAUUUAGUGCGAUAAAUCAAAUUUCCAUGAGUUUUCCAUUUCCAAUCAUUCAUUCAAAAAUUAGAAAAUCCUCGAGUGAAAAUUGUUCAGGCCGCAGUGUCGGUGGCUAAUUCAUGCUGUUUAUGGUAUAUACUUUGAUUAUUUCUCAA